AUGAAAAAUUUAAUUGAAAGAUUUAGAAGAAAAGAUGUUCGGGAAGUCUUUAGAAUUGAGAAAAUUCCAUCGAAAAGUAUAAGGGAUGUUUUAUGGCUGAUUUAUAUUCUAAGCAAUAUUUUUGGAUUGCGUAUUUUCGAAUUUCGUGGAUAUUCAAAACCUAUACUUAAUUUUCUUUAUUCGACGACACUUUGGUAUUUGCACUAUGUCGGAACAUUUCAUCGCGAUAAAUGGAAAACCAACCUUAGUAUAUAUAAAUUAGACGGAUUUAUACUUCAUAUUAUAGCUAUAAUAUAUCAUAUAAUGAUAUAUAUGAUACUUAUAAUGGGAUUAUAUCGGAGCGAGGCAUCGAAAUUAUGUGCUAAAAAGAUAGACGAAGUUGAUAAAACGCUUCAAGUAUUAGGCUCAUCGACAUCUUUCAACAAACAGGUUUUAACAAAUCAGCCGAUUUAUAAAUCGUUCAUGAUAUAUUACUCAAUGUUUCUACAUAUAUAUGGUUUCAUGAUCGAAUUUUUACUGGUGAUCGAGUUUUUUACAAUUGUAAAGUGCAUCAAAUCGGAAUUUAAACGAGCGAACGAACUUCUUGCCGAUAUCAGUAUGCUGCCUGUUUCUUCUAUUAUUUCGGAAUUAUUUGAACACAGAGAAGCUGAUGGUUCUUUUUCUAUAGAACGAUCUCUUCCUGUCGAUUCGAAAAAAUUAUUUAUCGUUGCAUCGUCAUUAAGACAAAGGCAGUCGCAAUUACAAAUUUCGAGUCACAAAAUAAAUAGGAGUAGAAUGUUGUUACGUACAAUCAGACAGGUUCAUCUCGAAUUAUAUAGAGUAUCGAAAACCUUUAGUGAUAUGUAUGGCAUACAGAUAUCUCUAGAAAUGGCAAUGUGUGUUAUGCUUGACAUAAUUGUGUUAUAUAGACUUUAUGCAAAGUAUCGGGAGAAAUCAUGUAACACGUACGAAAUGAUUUUUGAAUUUACUCACACAAUAUUCUUAUGUUUACAAUAUUCGACAAAGAUCUUUAUAAUUAAUUACAUCUGUGAUAAAACAACGAAAGAGGCUGAACGCACCAACGAAAUUAUUCACACAUUUUAUGGGCAAAAUACGGAUUUCGAGAUACAAAAGGAGAUAGAAAUAUUUUCUUUGCAAAUGAUGCAAUGUCGUAACAUGUUUUCCGCUUACGGUUUAUAUAAUCUUAAUUGCAAGCACAUUUGUUCGUGUAUCGGCAUUAUAACGACAUAUAUGGUUAUCAUGAUACAAGUAACCGAUUCAAUGUUAGGAGGAUGA